AUGGUUGUCAAAAAUGUGUUUCUUCUUUUGGUCCUUGUCUGCCUCUUGGCUAGCGCAACUGCAGCAAGGGACCUAUCCAGCAAGAGCAAGCCAGGCCAUAACCUUGCAGCAAGGCUUGAGGCUGGUGGAGGCCUUGUUGAGUGCUGGAAUGCACUAAAUGAGCUGAAAUCAUGCACUAAUGAGAUAGUUCUUUUCUUUAUUAAUGGCCAAACUGAUAUCGGCCCUGACUGUUGCCGUGCCAUUGAGGUCAUUACUCGUAACUGCUGGCCUGCCAUGCUCACUUCCCUUGGUUUCACAUCUGAGGAGGGCAACAUCCUUAGAGGCUACUGUGAUGCAUCUUCUGGCCCAGCUGCUGCUGCUCCGCUCUCUGGCUAUCCAGUUAGUGGCGAGGUCUUCGUUUAA